AUGGAUAGAAUUUUGUUGAAAUACAUUUUUGAUGAACUCUGCACGAGUUUCAACAAAAAGGAAAAAACCUCUUAUAGUAAAAAAAAAGAGGACAGUGAUAACAACCAGAAUCAUGUUAACUACUGCAUAACACUGCAGGAGUUAUUCGAAAAUUUGGAGAAAAAUAAAAACGUGCCCAUGGAUGUGUACAUGAAGAGAGAAGUGUUCCGAGUUCUAUACUACUCCAAAGAUGUAAUCAUAUCACGGGGGGAGAAGCUAACCGCUCCUGGGGACCAUGAGAAUUUGCGAACAGACAAUUCCAGUGUCCACCUGGAUCAAUACAACAACAGUGUUGAACUUCCUCUGGAAGAAGGCCCCAAUAUCAUCCUAAACACGGCCAGUCAAUUCACUCUUUACAUAAACAACAUCUACAUUUAUAACAAGCACAAUCUGUUUUACUACGAAAGAAUCAAAGAGUGCAAAGAGAAAAUAUUGAUUCUGUUGUACAUUAUUUCGGGAAAAUACAACGGACUAAUUCAAAGCUCCCUGGCCAAGUACCUCAACAUGGAUGUCAAAAUGGUUCACUACCACUUAAAAGUAUUAUUUCAGUAUUUGUUAAUAAAAAAAAUAAGCAUCAACAUAAACAAUUUGGAGAAAACACUAGAUUAUAGCAAUCACAACACCCAUAAUAGCAACAGCAACAACAAUACCAUAAAGUUGAACCCCUCUUACAUCCUAUAUUUUAACAUUUAUUUUAUAUACAAUUUGCUUCCCAUAUUUAUAAAGAAUAUCCUAUAUUCUCAGAACGUCCUUUCGAUAAAUAAAAUUAUCCUGCACCUCCUAAACAAGUUCAUUAUAAUACCACAGAAAAUUCUCUCCCUAAUAUUUUUCAAACUUCUAAUUGUGUAUAAUCCAUACUAUUAUAUACAAAUUAAAAAGGCGCUGAAGAUAUUUAACUCCAUUUUAUCCCAUCUAAUUUGUAAAAAGAAAAUAAUAAUGUGCAAAAUUAAAAUCCAUUCAUCGUACGAAAAUUGCUAUUUAAAUUAUGAAAAUAAAGAUAAAAUAAAUUACGACAAUAUUAUUAACUUUCUAAUUUUAUUUUACUACAACUAUGAUUACCUCAUCAAAUUUAUAAACAAAUCUUGCUACUUGAUGUGCGAAGAUUAUGUUCAGAAAAUUGAAUUCAAAAAUGACUUCUUCAGGAGUAACGUUACCAAAGAUUGUGCUUGGGAUCAACUGGGGAUACACCUAAGAAGGAGGAACAACUCCACCCAGUCGAUACAGCAUCCCCAAGAGCAGAAUGUCGUCCUCCAUGCGGCGUCUAGCCAUUCGGAAGGUUACACGAUACACGGAAUUCCGUGCCUCCCAACAAACCAUAAUGCAUCAAUUGGGGAUUCACUCCCAAUGAACCACUUUCCAUCGCGUGUCUGCCCAAACGAAGGUAUCGUCGAGGCAUCACCAAGCAGAGACAUCAACUUGGGGGAUGAUGAAAAUAUCUUUAUGAAUGAUAAAAACAGCAAUUUGCAAAUAAACGAGUUCAAAAACUACAUGGAUUUAAACAUCCAUCAUAGACUUAACGACACAGAUUAUUACUCCAGCUCCCAUAACGAGAAGGAAGAAUCUAGUGAAUCAGAAUUUUCCUUUCUCUAUGGAAAUAAGAAAGAUGAAAAUUUGUUGAAACAAACCGAAGAAAUUAACAAACCAAUUGAGGAUGGAAAUAAUAAGUCAUCCUCCUCCUCCCAAUCGUCUGCCUCUUCCACCUUGGACAGCGAUUCGGAUAACAGCACCUACACCAACCAUUCUGCUAAGAAUAAAAACUUGCUCCUGAACCACCUCUCACUGUACAACAAAAUUAAGUACCUAAUUAUGAGUAAAGGGAUAAAGGGAAUGACAACCAAGGAAAUAUCACAGGUACUCCUCAUGUCCAUUAAAAAAACGAACACCUUCCUUAGCAAGCUGGUUCGAAAUAAAGAAGUUGUAAAAAUACCAGAAAGGAAGGAUAAAAGCUUUAUGUACCGAUUUAUUGACAAUUACAUUUAUCAGUAUGUGCAGAAGAGGCCACAGACCCUUCUCCACAAGGGUAAUCAAACGUUGCAAGGUGUAGUAAAAAAUGACGAAGUAGCUCCGGGAGAAAAAAAACAUACAACGGGAGGGGAAAUUAUUGCACAUGAUCUAUCAAAAAAAGGGAACAGAAAUUUUCUUCCAAUUGAUCAAAUGAUGAACAGUUCACAAGACCAAAAUAGUAGUGUCUUCCUGACGGAUGACAAUGCAGUAAGUAUGAGCCAACCGAUCGAAGAAUUGAACAGGAACAAUAUCACGCAUGAAAAUUUUAGUCAGAUACAAUUUAACAAAUUAAACGAAUCUUUAAAUGUGUUAAACUACAUCAACACUGUCAACGAAAUAGACAUAAAUGUGCUGACCUACAUAAUACCGAAGAAGAAGGAUUCGGUGGACAAUUUCGGAAACUAUAAAGAUUUUUUUGAUCAUUAUGUGAAGAACUUCAAAACUUUUGAAGAUAAGUAUGAUUUAUACACGUGCAGUUUUCAUUUCUUUUACUACUUAAAAUUUGUUCUAAAACGGGACACCAGUAAUUCCACCCCAAAAUGCAGCAGUGCAAAGGAGAGUAAGCAGAAUAGUCAGGGUGCCAUUCAUAAAGAAUCGACAAACGAUGAAAUGCGCACAAUGCACGAAGAUGACCCAAUCUUAAGUAAGGUGGACUCAUCGGAAAAAGACAUCAAUUUUAUUAAGUACUUCAUGGAAGAUACGACAAAAUUAAAAAGUAACCUCUUUAUUAAGAGACUCUUCAUUUUUUGCCACUUCCUGCUAAGCUCCAAGGUGACCACUUUUCGUUAUCUCCAAGAUUUAUUUAUCACCAUAGAGAACAAUGGAAGGACAAUUGAUAGAAAAUCAGUUCAAAGGCUUUUCAAUUACUCCACCAAAAUUAAUGCCUUUUUUAAAAAGUACACCCUUCUUAACAGCAAAACGAUUAAGUACUAUUUCUACGAUUCGAAUGUCCUAUCCGAAAAGCAGUCCAACGAUUUGUAUGCAAAAAUUCAACAGGAGUAUGCCAUUUCGUCGUACAAGCAUGCAAACAUUAAUGAUAAAAUGAACAAAGAGAAAACAGAAUAUUAUAACAUAUCCAGUGGUAACAUCAUUAGUAAGAAAUUUAAAUACACCGUUAAUAUUUUCAACGAAAAAUCGAAAAGUGCUACCGAUUUUGCGCAGGGGGGGGGUAUACCCACAAAAGAUGAUUCCGAUGUAACUGCGCAGAUGAAUAGUAACAAGGUCAAUGGUGCUUGUUUUUCUUCCAACCCGGAGAAGGCCAUGCAAGAAGAUUUUAUCGAUCUGACGAAGUAUCCUGAAAAUACUAACCUGAUCGGUGUGACAUCGCACAAUUUUUCAGCUACAUGUGAAGAUCCCAAUAUAUGUCACACCACACUCUGCAAUGGAGAAGCAAAUAUAACUUCCACUAAUAAUAACCUCCAUGGAACAAAAGACAUAUAUGACCAAACAUGUUCUAAUCUCUCCGCCUCAAUUCCGAAUAGCACAAUGAUAAAUUCAUUCGCAUCUGUGGAAGUAGGCAGCCGAUGCAUCAAAAGAAAAAUUCUCACACCUUCAACACAGUCACUCAAUAAAAGGGGCAAAAUGGAUCAGUUGCAUCAAAGUUCUGGCCAUCAAAACAAACUUGGCGAUGGAGAAAAUGGUGAAGUAACUCCAUACCACUUUAAUAAGUAUGGCACAAAUUCCACACUCAAUAAUGAAAACGAGAUUUCCACAGGCAGACACCCCAUAGCAGAAUCACAAGGUAACAGUAUUAGUGAACACCUCAGCCGAAACAACAACGAUGCGGUAAGUUUAAACCGAAAAGGAACAGCCUGCAACGUGCUUUAUAUUGAUAUUCUAAACGAAUCAGCCUUUAAGUGUAAGGAAAAUCAAAUUAUUAGCAAAAAUAUAAAAACCAGCAAUGUUUUUCAAAAUUUUAAAAGCACGCAGGAAUUCCCCUACAGCAUAAACUACUUUAACGGGUACAUCCUUUCAAAAAUGACCCGAUAUAAAUAUUUUCACAAAUGCUUAAUAAGGAUACUAAAGAGGAAGAAGAGGAAAAGAAAAGGGGCAAGAAAAAGGUACACUGCAAAAGAGACAAAAGAAUAUAACGCACAGACUGUACUCACUCCAAAUCCUGAUAACCCAAAAAAGAGGAAAUUAUCAUAUAUACAAAAAAUGAAAAGAAAAAAUUCCCCCAAGAGGGCCCAUAAUGUAGCUUCCAAACGAAGGAGCAACACACUAACCGUGAAGGAUAUUUUGAAAAAUCUCUACCUAGACGAAUAUUUAAAAAUUAUUAGCGUGGGAUACAAACUCAAUUACAUCGAAAAUUAUCUCCUAUAUGAGAAACGAAAAAAGAGAAUGAAAGAUUUACCCCCAAUCCUCUUCGAAUUUUUAACGUCUUAUUCUUCACUAAAUUGUAACAAACAGCAAAUGAUCGAAAGAUUUCUCCAAAACAAGAAUGAUUAUUCUCACUUCCUCAAUUCAUCAAUCAGCUCAUUCGUAACAGAGGGGAAAAGAGCGACAUGUGUGUCCUCCCCACCGCUUUACACAACCGAAGCGGAAACAAAAACACAGAGUGCCCCUAAGGGUCGUGUACAGAAAAACACGCCAGUCAAGGAUAAACCGGAUGAAAAAAUAAAUAGUAACCAUUUGUGCCAGCACGACCUCAACGUUAUAAAAAGUAGUGACAAAAUAUGCGUUUUCUUUUUCCUCUACAAGAAGUUAAAAUUUCUGUGCAACAUGAAUUUAGUAAAACUUAAAUUUAAAGACAUGAAUAAAAAUCUUCCUCACACAUUGAAACCAAGCGUUGGUUCAAAUUCAAAAAAUAGAGAACUCAAUUUAUCUUUCCUAGAUUUAAAAAAAAAUAAUUUGCAAAUUCUUAUAAAGCAAAAUGCUAGCAUUAAUUUGUUCGCGUCCAAAAAGGGUAAAAAGAAAUUGCGCGUCUACAAUAUGCUUCGCUACAAUCACUUCGAGGAAUACUACUACAACAUAUAUUUGACCGUCGAACGAUUCAAAAAAUUUCUCGUAGAUGGGCACUUGCAAAAAAGCGCGAACGAAAGACUGACUCUACAAGAUAUUCUCAAGGACUCCAAAAUUAAAAACAAAGGAUUGAAAUUUCUCCUGCUCCACAAUGCAUACACCAACCAAUUAUUCCUAACGAGGAAACUCAGAAACCUUUUCAUAAGCUUAGUUAAAAAAGUGAAAAAAAAAAAUAUUGCAAAUUCGAAGCUAGGCGAAAAUUUAACAGCCUACAGGGAAUACAACAUAUUUAGGCAAUCAUAUAAUGUAUCUAGAGUUAACAUUGAAAAAUACUUUUCCAUAUUUUACGAUUGGUACAGUAAAGAAGAAAAUGGGGCUGCAAUUAUGACGCACAGGGACGUGUCCUUUGCAUGCCCCUUCUGCAACAACGUAUAUUUCUUUAAGAACGAUUUGCUCAGCCACAUAUCCAAUGUACACAAUGUGAAUAGGAAUUUUUCAGAUCUCAUUUCCUUCUUUUCAAAUUCGAAGCAAAUGAUACAUAAGAAGCUCAGCGAUUUUUUGAAGAUCAAAAAUAGAAUCAAAGGGAACUCGAGCGUCCUCUCGCCUAACAAUUUCGAUAGCCAUUUUAAUAUUCUCAGUCUGAUCAAUGCAUCUAAGGGAAGGAGUAUCACAGGUAUAGAUGAAUCCCAUCCUAUGCAUUAUAUUGAUCAAACCGACAAAAUAUGCAGACCCAAAAUUGGAGUCCCCUGUGAUGCAUUUAAAAAACAGUUGGAGAAAGUACCACAAAUCAAGCACCAAGGGAGAGCAGUCAAUUCGUCUAAGGAGAUUGACCUCAUGGACCAAACAUCUACGCACAUGAAAAGAGAACAUAAAGAAAUUAUUGCUAUAUGCGAUGAGGCAGACGGUACACAUAGUGGGAAAUGUGGCGAUAUUCCCCUAAGCAGAUGCAAAAAGGGCAACUGCAAAAAUUUAAACAAUUUCAUAGAAAAUGUAAAGGUAAAAUAUUCCAUGAGAAUAAUCUACAUUUAUUUCGUAACUGUAAUUGUGAAGUUAGCCAUGUCUCAGAAAUAUUUGGAGAAAGCAAAAAAAAAAAAGGAACGUCAAAAUGAGCAACUUUUUCUAGACAAACCGCAUCAAAAUGGAGAAAACGAUUUCUCAUCGGGGGGGGCAUUACCCAUCAAUGAUAAUAACAAAAUGGAAGGGAAGAUACCACGUGAUAUUUCAAACGACAGUGAAGUUAUCGGGAUACGCUCCGCAGAUGAACGAAAGGAAUUUCAUUGCAAGGAGAACAAAUAUAGGAAGGAACGAAGGAAAAAAGGGCGACUGUCCAGUAGGGUCAAUAGUGUACACCCAAGUCGUUACCAUAAAGGGAAUAAAUUGAAACACCGUGAUAAGGAAAGAGUGGCAUUAGUGUCCCCUUCGUCGGAAAUGCCAAAUGAUCGCAACAAUUUUGCUUCCAUCCAACUGAGAAAAUUCCAUCUAAUAUACCAUUUAAAAAAUAGGACGAACUCGGAACCGUACAGAAAGAGCAUAUGGAUUAAGGCAAACAAUAUGAUGAUCGGAAAAUUCAAACAAAAUGUUUGCAUGUACAUCCAGAAAAGGCUAUUUCUCUAUUUCAAAAAGAACAUUGUUCACUAUUUUUUCAUUUUGUCGAAUGAAAAUUUGGCUAGAUGUAUUCUGAACUACUUUGAAACGCACAUAUACAACUCUACCUACACCAACAUCAAUUAUUACUACGAUAAGUACAUAAAAAAUAUUUUCCACUUCAAAUUUAUUUCGCUUGUAAAUUUGUUAAAAAAUUUUAUAAUAAAUUAUGGGGAUCACUAUUCACUGUACAGGGAAAUUACUAAACCGUUAUAUUUUCAUAAAAUGAAGGACAUAAAAAAUGCUCUCAUAUUUAUAAAAAAAAAAAAUUAUCUCGUGGAUACAUCCUACGUCUUAUCAUACUACAUUACCAAUGACCUUGUGUGCGACGAUGUGUAUUCUUACCUUAUUUAUAAAUGCAUUUUUUACAAAAAGAAAUUAUCCCUAUUUUUGAAGAAAUGUUUUUUGGAUAACGUUGUGGAUAUUAUUUAUCUCUAUGGAGUUUACCACUCUAAGAAAAAUUCGGAGAGCGUCCAAGCGGAUUCGUUCCACAGAAAGGAAAGCAUGCCAAAUUGUCAAUUAGGGGAAUUGCUCGAUCACAUGGAUACGGUAUAUGACGAUGAAGAUGGCAUAAAAGGGAGGGGAGCGCAUUUUGAGGAUUUUACCAGUGGUGCAACAAUGCAGAAUGGUUACAAACAUACCAUGUUGAACGCUCAGACGAAUGUAUACCCUACGCUAAACAAUUUCAGGAACCAUACUUAUGAUCACAACGAAUGUCCUAUUUCUUCCCACGACACCUACGGCGUCAUGCAAAAUGAUAAUUUAACGAACGCAAGUUCUUAUGAAGAAUGCACAAAACACUACUUCCAGAGGAAUCUAACAAUUUUCGACUUAAAUUACUAUGUGCAAAAGUUCCUCAGGGGGGAGAUGACCUUAUGCGCGUGUAAUAACUACAUACUGGCAGAUGAGGACGCCCAAGCUGGAGGUGACCCCAUCGGGGGUGAUCACAUCGGGGGUGAUCACAUCGAAGGUGAUAACUACGAGGAAGAUAACCCCUACAAUUUUGGCAACUUCGAGGAGGAUCAGUAUUCGGAUGAUCACUACGAUGACGAUCCCUAUGAGGAUAAUCCCUAUGGGGAUCAUUCGUACACCGAAGAGAGCGACUCCUCUCAGUAUGGUCAUCAACUGAGCGACACGGAAAAGGAUACUUACCAUCGAGGAAGUAAAAAGAAGCACAGACGGAGAAACUACGCACAAAAAUCAAAACGGACCAAAAAAAAGAGAAUGAACAAUUCAUCCUCUCAUAGUUAUGUAAGCAAAAGGGGAAGCGAAACAAACGAUGUGGACUACCCAAUCGGAUAUUCCAAAGAGGAAGAGAAAGCAAUGAGUUACAUGUCAUCCAGUGCCAACAACUCAGAUAUAUUUGACAACCUUUCAGAUGAUUUCGAAAUUAUCAAACUUUUGGAAAAUGCAAAUGAUGGAAGAAAGAAAGCUCUCGGGGGAAUAACCAAACAUAUAAAAUGUCUAACGAAACACGUUAGUGAAUAUUUUCCAAAUUAUUACAUCCUAAACGAUUGUGAAAAGAAAAAAAUAGAAAAAAGAUUGUCCCGAAUUUUCUCCAAUAGUAAAGAGAAAAAUUGUUCUAAAUUGAAUAACUCUCUUCGACAAUUAUACUAUCACACUGAUCAACAAAAAAAUAGUCUCUUUACUUAUUUUAAAAAAUAUUGUUUACACAUGUAUGAGAAUCUCAUCAGAGGUGCGAUGCCAACGGGAUUCUUUAAAAAUGCCCUCCUAAAUAUUAAUGAUACCAAUUGCGUUAACUUUUCAAAACUUUUCGCAGAAUAUGUACAACGAAAUAACUUCCACAAUAACGUUAUUUAUAGUAAGAACAAAUUAUUAAUUUAUAAUGUUAGCAAAAAAUCCUUCAUCGAUUUUGAUUGUUAUCCUCAGAAUAUUCACCUAUAUAACAUCGCCUACAUUUCGAAUGCCCCUAAGAAAGUUGACACUUUCCUGGAUAUCCAAGUCACCAAUCUGAAGAAUAGCGUCUAUUGGCUCGAAAGAGACACCAAGAAAGGUUCCAAAGUGCGGAACAAAGAAAGGAGUUCCCAUUCCCUUCCUCUUGCUACGAACAAAGAACAACCAUUCGAACAGAUGUAUAAACAGAAAGAAUUAGAAGUUGCACCCACGAGUGGCUACCGUAAACAGGGGAAGGAAACACGCCCACAAUCACCCCACCUGUAUAACUCACGCAAAAACCCUUUUGUGAAAAAAGUGAAUGUUAAAAAAGGAAAAAAAAAAAAUGUAAACACUCUUAGGGAGUCAUUCAUCUUCGUUACACAAAUUUUAUAUCAUGUUUUCUACCUAAGCGAUAUGCUAAAAUCAUAUGAAGAGAAUGCAAACUGCGAGAGUGACACGUACGAAAGAAAAGAAAUGAAAACUGCUCCAUCUAGAAGGCCCAAAGAGAUGUACAGAAACUUCGACAACGAUAAAUCUAUGCAUCAUAGCGUAAUAGAGAACUGUCCUGCCAUCAGUGCAGAUAGUGCAAAACAUGGAAGUGAUAACCCAAAUGGGGAAAUUGUCGAAGAGGACGAGGAGGAAUGUCCACUUGAUGACCGGCCGAGCGAAAUGCCAAUCGAACUUCCAACCGAAUUGGCAAACGAUAGCAACGAAGAGUGUCAUAAACUUAACAAGUUCAAGAAGAACGAACUGAGAAUCAUAAAAAUUGUCGGGCGAUUUAACACUCAAAAAGCGAAGAAACGCAACAUCUCACAGGAAGAAGGGGCUGCUCAUAUUGGGACACCCAAUAAGGACAAAACAAAUAUGCAAGAUAGCUCCUCCCUGUUUAACAAAAUAAUUCGCAAAAUGAUAUUCAUCCUUCUGUCUGUUAAGAAAAAAAAGAAAGAAGGGCGUUUUAUUGAUAGCUUAAAAAAAAUGUAUUUACAGGAAUUCUUAAAAAAUACAACUUAUAGGAAAUAUAUACAAGUAAAAAAGGAAUACGAUUUUAUUCUUUUCCUCUUACACAAAUUAAACCUUAUAAAUAUAUUCCCACUCAUGAAUACGCAUAAGGUAUUUUUACCGCAAUAUCAUAGCGAGAAUAAUGCGUGCAAAAGGAAAAAUAUCUUUUAUGAACAUAACUUGAAGUACCCCUUUUUGAAUAUGAUAAAUUUCCACUUGGCUAAUUUCAAAUUGGAGUUUAAGAAGACCACAGAGAGAGACAUAAAGAUGUUCCAGAUGUUCCUACUGCAGAAGGGAGUACUCCCAAAGGGCGCAUUGAUAAGCAGCCAAAAGAAAGACGCAAACACCGUGGACGAAAAAUACGUGGGCAAGAAAAAUGUUGAAGAAAAAGUCGUUUACAACGAGAAAAAAUUAGUCUAUACUGAUUACAUAUACAUAAAUUACAUAAAUAACAACACGCUCAGGAAACCGAAUUUCAUUCCAAGACUAAUUCUGUUGUACAACCUCCCAUGCCACAUCAUAAUUCAUGAUUAUUUUUUCCUCUAUCUGUUGGAAUAUUUCUGUAAAAUGAAAGAAUCCCUUGAAGAAGAAACGCAAAACGGAUUUAAAGAGAACCAUAUUUAUCGCACCAAACUGGGAGAUAAACUGCUUUACCUUAUGGAGAAUAAAUCUUACCCCCGCGUUAUAAGAUAUAUAAAAGGGAUUAUUAACAAGGCGUGUAAAUAUUUUGAGUAUAUGCUCUUUUCAUAUAAACGGAAAAAUGAUUCCUCACCUUGCAAAAUCGCUACACUUUACUACUUUAAUGAUGACUACAUAAAUGUAAAUAGCUUUACCUAUAUGAAUGGAAGUAUCAACGUGAAAUUUAUUUUUUUUUAUAUCUUAAAAGUAUUCUUUUACCUCAAGGCAAAUCCGUUUUCCUCCAUCUUUGACAUAUACAAGAGUAUCGAAAUUAUGAGUUUCUGCGAUCUGAACUUCCUCCUAAGAGGCAUGUGUCAGGACAAGUUCAUUUCCUUCAAACUGAUGUACAUAUCGAAGAGGAGCGAAAUGUACAAGCUAAAGAAAAAUUACAAAAUUGUUAACCACUUCAACAAUUUGGUACUAAACGGAAAAAAUAAGAAGAAAAAAAAUAGAGCAUCAUCAUCCGCCCCAGUGAAGAAGAAGACCUGCUACAUAUUUGGUAACAACACAAGCUCUGGUGAGGAACCUUCCACUGAUGAUAACAUUUUGAAGAAAGGAAAAAAAAGAAAAAACGGAAUAGACCAAGUAAACUGCACGAAUUCGACAACACAUGAAUGGACAAGCUGCACCGACGACGCCAACUUCACUCUCAAAAGUGAACGAUACUAUGUCCCUUCCAAUUACAACGCAUUUCUUGAAAAAAUGAUGUACAAAAAAGUGAAGCUUUAUUACGUGGCGGAUGAGGAGGUCAUUUUUGAAAAAUACGCCGGUACCUUAUGGGGCUGA